AUGUUUAUUAUAAGGUUGCCAUUCAGUCAUAAACAAAUAGUUACGAACCGUUACUUAUACAGAGUUCUAUUAAAAGUUUAAUUUUCUUUAUUGUCAACAGUAGGUAUGCUGCAUCAACUGAAAAUAGCUACCGAGAAGAACUUUAGAAAAUGACUGAGUUUUUAAAGAAAUGUUGCAUCCACAUCCCACAACGAUUCAUCAUGUGUGGUCUGAUAUUUGCCGUAUACGCUGUCUGUAUCAUGGAUCGCCAAGCCUACUUCCAGGCUGUUCGUACGAUGGUGUACAUUGCCACUCCUGCAGAGGAGUCCAAGAGCAAGUGUCCUGCCAUGAUUGAAAGGAGGCAUAUAGAUGCCGAGGAGACCAAAUCCAGGUUUUAUUGGGAUCGUCGAGUAAAACGAGCAGUGACUCAGGCGUUCUACGUCGGAUUCCUCGUCUCCAACAUUCCUGCUGGGUGUGUUGCAGACCACUACGGCGGCCGAGGAUUGAUGAUCGUAGGAGUGCUGGUAGGGUCUCUAACCACUCUGUCGUUACCUUCUCUUGCUAUUAGAGGACCAACGCCGCUGCUCUUAGCCAGACUCGUCCAAGGUGUGGGGCAGGGUUUGGUGUUUUCUAGUACCCACUCUCUGAUUGCUCAAUGGGCGCCGACUUCCGAGAGGUCGAGAUUUGUCGGAAUUAGCCACUCAGGUACCGGACUAGGAUGGGGUAUGGGGCAUGUGCUGCAUCAUGUGUUUAGAGACAGGUGGCAAAUGCCUUUCUAUCUGAUUGGUGUUAUGGGUCUACUUUGGGUCCUGGUUUUUUAUCUCUUAUCUAGCAGCAAUCCCAUUCAGAGCGUGUACAUCCAGGACACUGAAUUGCAGUACAUCCUGAACAACAGAGAGGGUCUGGUAGUUCAGACGCUGCGGGUCCGUCAUCAUAUUCCAUGGAAAGCAGUGUUUAAAUCGCUUCCAGUGUGGUCUCUUCUUUUCAUCAACUGGGCCUUCAAUUGGACUCACUACACGAUGAACAAUCAGUUUAGGUACUAUAUCAUCAGCGUCCUGAGGAUCACCGAGGAUCUGAGUCAGUCAUCUACAUUUGGUGAAUCGGUAGUUUUGCCCACCUCUAUCGUAUUCUGGAGCAUUGUCAGCGAUUACUUGGUGAACCACGAAUAUAUGUCUCGCACAUUCCACCGGAAGUUAUUUGGAUUCACAUGUAAUGCGCUGAUGAUCAUCUGCUUAUUGAUUAUUCCAUCGGCAGGCUGCAGUGGUCUAACGGUUUUCUCCACCCAUGUCAUUCUAUGUUAUCUCCGAGGCAUAUAUUACUCCGCAAUGUACGCCAACCCGAUAGACCUUAGUCCCAGACACGCCGGUCUCCUCAUGGCCCUUCUCAACUCCACAGGGAGUGUGGCUGGCCUCUUCUCCAGGGAGAUCGUCUCUGUUAUAGACACGCCCAGUGAUAUCUCUCAGUGGUGGCUUGUGUAUCUUUGGCUGAUUGCACUACUGGCAGUCUUCUCUCCGCCCUACCUAUGCUUUGGCUCGGCGGAGGUUCAGAGCUGGAACACUCCGGUGAGGCGCACCAUGCGGUCUAUCAUGCCCUCUCCAGCAUCACACGGAAGUGACAUGUGAAUAAACACACAUACGAACUGGC